UCCCUCGAACCCUAGCUACCCCUCGUCUCCCCACCCGCCGCCCCACCCGCCGCCGCACCCCAAUCCCCGAUCUGGCUCUCCACCUCACGACGACGUGGUUCUCCCGGCGAUGACCCCCCUCCUCAUGCCCUCUCCGACCUUCCUCUUCGCACGACAUUCGCCCCCCUGCGCGCACGACCUCCCCCUCCUCCUCCCGCGGCGUUCGCCGCCCCGCAAACUCGGGCAGCCGUUAUCCGCCCUUCGCCGCGGGAGCCCCCGUAGGAGCCGCUCGCCGCUGGAGCCGCCGCCCGCGGAAGCCGCGGCCCGAGCAGCCGCGGGAGCCGCUCGCCGCUGCAGCCGCCGCCUGCGGGAGCCACUCGCCGCGGGAGCCGCCGCGGGUCGCCCUUCGCCGCAGGUCGCCGCCGAAGCCGCCCCGCCCUGGAUCCGCUCGCCGCCGGAGCCGCCCGUCGCGCUCCCACUCAGCUUGGCCUCCGCCCCGCCGCCCCCGGUCCUCAAGCAAGCUACUUCAAUUUUAGGUGAGCUGGCAGGGAUCACAAGCAUCGGUGUUACAUUCCUGAAUCUCACAUACACAAAAAGUAGGCCAUUUGUUCCGGGCUUUCAAGUUUGUGCCAUAACCUGAAGGAGAAAGAGUUCAUUAUUGGCCAGCAGUUAAAAGCAGGUUCAGUUUUUUUACCUCAUUUUCCAACCCCACAGUAGCACUUUCUGUUAGUUCGAACAAUAUCUCAAUGCAUUAUUUACACACCUAGCUUGUGCUCUGUGACCAGAAUUGGUAAACUGUAGCCGUGAUAGUACUACACUGUAUUCAGAAAUAGUAGGAGGAGAUAAAGCUAGGUGUUGCAGAUAGGCCGGUGGUUAACCCUAUUAGAGCUGACCUUCCUUCAAAGUUGGAUAUCAUCUACAGUAACCUCACCGCAUCCAUAGAUAAACUGAACAAACAAAAGGCACUUAAGAUCUUUACUGGUAUCCAGGAUGUGUUGUCUGAUCAUCUAAGCGAACUGGCCCACUAUGCGAAGGAAUUAGGACAGUUCAGUUACUUGAUCGGACUGUUUAGCAUUCAGAAAUUGGAAGCAGGCUUAGAAAAACACCACCAAGCUUGAAAGCAGAAAAAGAUGCACACACUCACCAUUAUUAUCUUCCUGUGAUAAUUUUAGGCUUGUACCAGGAAACUUGAAGAGGCAAUUUUAGUCGGUGGUGUGCUUUAAAAUUUCAUAUUGUUGUUCGGUGUUUCUCCAUAAUCGUGUCUUCUAUUUUUUUAGAAUUUUCUAGUAUAUGAACUAUCACAUGAAUUUUCCUGGCUCUGGUGGUCGCACCGCCCAGGACGUCGGCGGCGGAGACGAAGGCAAUUUGUACUGGGACGUCGUGGCCGAGCCGCAGGACCUCCGCCUUGACGAGCUGCUGGACCUAGGCCUCGACGAGACGCCGGACCUCGGCCUCCCUCUGGUUUUCAUGGUACGGUCCCUUCCCCUCUCCACCAAAUCUUGUCUUGUGUGUUGUUCUGCUCCGCACUGAUUGUAUUGCCAUUGCUAUAACUCGUCUAAAUCCAUUUUUGACAUGGUGGCCCGCUCCAGCUGGAACAGUUUUGUAGAGACAAAUUGGAAGAGUGCAGCUGCCCUGGCUGGCCGAAUUCACUAUUUUGACUCUUUUGACAAAGUUUAGCGCGAUCUGACCCUUGUUCGUAAAAAUUUUCGGAUCUGACCCUUUUGCUACCGCCAUAGACGUUGGCGGUAGAAAUAUGUGGCCUACCGCCAUGGUCAACGGCGGUAGACUUCUGGUCAACGCCCGCUGGCAAAGAUGACGUGGCAAGUGGCGGGCCUUUGGCGGUAGACCUCGAAGCUAUAAAUAGUCUGUGUUGCCAUGCACUAUUGGAUGUACAUCAUCGGCAGUUGGCUAGCAGGUGUUGGAUAGGUUCUAUAAGACUAGGGUUCGAAUCCUGCAAAGGCCAAGAUUUUUUGUUUACUUUUCUUUUUGCCCAAUAAAAUUGAAUAAUUUGUCCAGUUUAUGUUAGGAUAUGGAUUGUUGACAAAAACUUUUUUUUGAAAAAUUCUGUAACUAUUUUAGAAUUUUUUUGAAAAGAUAUAAACAUACAUGAUGGGAUUUUUGGGUACGUGUA